CUUGUGGCAAGCGAAGACUAUUCGAUCUGGAUAAUGUUGUUACUUAUUUUGUUGACAUACUUCCAUCUUCAUCGCAUCUAACGCCGAUAUAUGUAUGCAGGCAGAGUGAUCAAGUGAAGGUGACCAUUGGAACAAGCCUGCUGAGAUACUUCCAUCGCGCAGCAACCCGAGGGUUUCGCUAUGGUUGCUUGAGCUACAACCGGUUGGUAGUGUCAAUCUUGCCUGAUGUUUUUGCUCGGUUGUGUUGGUGAGGUGGUAUCUCGGGUCGGUGGGGCAUGGAGAGCACCGUUGCUUAUCCCAUGUAGCCGCGUGGCGAAAUCUACUUCAAGCGGAGCUCAGAGGCCCACAGUUGCCUUUCUCCGCUCAGCUUCUCAAGCUAACUCACGAUUCUUCAGUACCAGCACGUCUAAGAAAUCAUCCGAUAUGUCGUGGAGUCAUCGCCCAAGCCUUGGUUGUGCGGAUGUCACCGAGUGGCAGAAGCAUUUCCCGGCAGCGGCUGGCAAACGCCAGUCCCCCAUUGACCUGACCAAGGGAGAAUACAACGAGGAACUUGCCGGCAAGGCACUGCAGAUCUCCUACAAGGAGGCAAGGGAAUGCACACUCGUCAACAACGGUCACUCCGUUCAGGUCAACUUCAAGCCUUCUAUCGGAGGUUUAACCGGCGGUCCGGUGACGGACAAUUUUGAGAUUGCCCAGUACCACUUCCACUGGGGUGCUGGUGACGACAAGGGUUCAGAGCACACCGUGGACGGAAAGUACUAUCCCAAUGAGCUUCAUCUUGUCCACUGGAAUACCAGCAAGUUCUCGUCUGUGUCGGAGGCCAUCAGCGAGCCCAAUGGACUCACGGUGCUUGGAAUCUUCCUUGAGGCUGGCGAGGAGAAUGUUGAGCUGAAGAAGAUCACCGACCGCUUUGACAAAGUCAAGCACUGCAGCCAGGAAAUUCCUAUUGAAGAUCCCAUUUGCCUCAAGGGUCUUCUGCCAGAAGACACCAAGUCUUUCUGGUCCUACGAUGGCUCGUUGACCACCCCACCAUGCUACGAGAGUGUCAACUGGAUUGUGUUCCGCAAGCCCAUCACUGUCUCAAAGGAGCAGCUGGCAGCGUUCAGAAGCCUCAACGAGGCUAAGGAGGGCAGCGACCCGGAGCAGCAUCAGGCGCUUGUUGACAACUACCGGCCAGUGUGCGAGCUGAACGACCGCAAGCUGUCCACGACCUUCGAGGAGUGAGCACGCCUCGCGUCGGCCACUCUCUCUCUCUACUCCGUGUCUGGGUUCAAGGUUGCAGCUGGCUUCUAGGUGUCCUAGGUUUUCAAAGUUAGCUAAAACGUUCUCCUCUCAGGACCGAUCUAGUGCGUUUGCAAGCUCUACACCUACCUAUCUCAAAAGUAAAACGAUCUGCGGCCGAGUUGCAGUUCAUUCCCUUAGAUAUCCGCUGCUACAUAUGCGUGCUUUCUGGCUGAUUCCUAAGUAGGUAGAACAAUUGCAAACGUCUCUCCACAUAUCAGAUUUCCUCCUGGAUUCAAACAGUUGUAUUUAUUUUUACAAGAAUAUUUGCAUCUUUUAUUACACUCUAGUCAUAGGUGAGUGAUUGUAGGUCUCAUAGAUCGAACAAUUUCUACAACUUUAAUACAAGAUUAUUACAUUCAAGUGCCACUAGAAAACGUUUCCCAGAAAAGUCAGGGAUCAUACAAUGUA